AUGGAUAAAACAAUCGCUUCUUCAGCAUCAUCGACAACAAAUGGAACUAAUGUAAACGGAACUAUGAUCAUGCCACAGGCACCUUUCCCACAACCAGCCCUACGAAUCUCUUCACAAACAGAUUACCUUAAUUCUAGUUCAACAUAUGACUUUUUAUAUGAGCUGGUUCAAAAACGGGUCACAACUUUUACGUAUUUAAAACAGGUUCACGAAGGUAGAAUACAUUGGCUUAAUACAGUAUGUUUAAACAAAGAAGAUUUAUCAAUUAUGUACGAGAAUAUGAGAAUGAAAAAAAGGACAGGAAAUUUUUUUGUUUUAGGCACAUCAUUAGCACCAAUACUGGAUAUAACUAAUCCACAAGAUUAUGUUAAAGCCUUAAAUGUUAUGUUGCAAGAAUUUGAUUAUCACACUAACGAACAUACUAAACAAAAAAUGUCAAAAAUAGUAAAAGAUGAUGAUACAUCAUUUCAAGAUACUGGAGAAUACAAUUAUUUAUUUGUGCCAAAUAUAAAAAUAGUUGCAUUGAUAACCAAAGAAAUAGAUUCAUUAGCAAGAAAUACACUUAAAGAAGAAUUAAAAUCUAUUGACCCGAUGAUAAUAUUGUCAAAUUUAGGAGGCGGUGGAAGUAAUUCAAAUAAUACAGGAAGUGUGAAAUCAACAAUUAGUUCGACUAGUUCAAACAGUAGUUCUACAACAGUUGUUGAAAAUAUGGGAGAUGUAGGAUGGAAUUCAUCAUCAAAUUAA